AUGAAUGCCAAUACCUCAACAAACGCGUUCGACUCUGCUACCUCCGAGUGUCCAUCAUCCGACUCGACGAUACGAAGUAUUCGAGAGACUCCCAAUACUCACCAGAACACGAUCACGUCAACGACAACCACAUCGGGACGCGUAACCGAUCAGCCCGAAAAUGGCGAAACUGGUGGCAACAACACGGACCGUGCCAUCCACGGUAUUCGGUGGUUCCUCGUCUGCGUCGCCAUAUACUCCGCCAACUUCCUCUACGGCCUCGACACCACCAUCGUUGCCGAUCUUCAGGGUGCUAUUGCCGAAACAUACAGCAACGUGGCUCAGCUCGGAUGGCUGGGCGCGGGCUUCUCAUUAGGGUCAACGGUGGCUAUCCUGCCACUGGGCAAGGCAUAUGGAAUGUUUGACAACAAAUGGCUCUUCACGGUUUGCCUUGCAAACUUUGCUGCUGCUAGUGCUCUAUGCGGUGGCGCUCCAAGCAUGAAUGCCAUGAUUGUUGGUAGAGUCUGGGCUGGCGCUGGAGGAGCGGGCAUGUACCUUGGGACUUUGAAUAUUGUUUCACGCCUUUGCUCACCCAAGGAGCGGCCCGUCUACCUCAGUCUCGUCGCGGUCGUUUACGGAGGUGGCUGCAUUCUCGGACCUAUAGUGGGCGGCGCUUUCGCGGACAGCUCAGCUUCCUGGAGAUGGGCAUUCUAUCUUAAUCUCCUCAUCUUUGGUGUUGCCAGUCCCAUCUACCUGUUCCUGUUACCGUUGCUGCCCCGCCGAGAAGACGAUCCGUUCUGGGAGAAGGUCAAGACGCUGGACUGGGUCGGAAUGAUACUCACGGCUGGACUCUAUGUGUCUUUUACAAUGGCAUUCAUAUUCGGAGGAGCGACCUGGGAGUACAGCGAUCCCAGGGUCAUUGCCCUCAUCGUCGUGUUCGGUGUCUGCACGGUAGCCUUCUGCCUCUCCCAGCACCUGUCCCUCAUGACCACCAAGCUUGACCGCCUGUUCCCCUGCGACCUCUUGCGCGACCGGCAACUUGUGCUCCUCUACAUCUGCAUGGCCAGUGGCGGCGCGUCCCUCUUCGUCGCCAUAUACUACAUCCCGGUCUACUACCUCUUCGUCAACGGCGACAGCGGUAUCCAGGCAGCCGUCCGGCUGCUGCCCUUCAUCUGCUUCUACGUCACCGGCAUCCUGGCCUGCGGGGCCCUCAUGGGCCGCACCGGCUACCACAAGCUCUGGUACCUGGCGAGCGGCGUGCUCAUCAUCGUGGGCUCGGCGCUCAUGUACACGGUCCGCCGGUCCACUUCGUCGGCGCACGUCGUCGGCUACACGAUCCUGCUGGGCCUGGGCAUGACCACGACGCAGGCCGGCUACGCCGUGGGCAGCCUUCUGGUGACGCCGGAACGCGUCCCGGAUCUAAUCCAGUUCCUCAACAUCUCGCAGGGCCAGAGCCAGCUCCUGGGGCUCGCCAUCGCCAGCGCGAUCUUCCAGUCCGAGACGUUCCGGGGCCUGAAGCGGGUGCUGGACGGGCGGGGGUUCUCCGACGCCGAGAUCCGCUUCGCGCUGGCCGGGGCGAGGAGCCGCGUGCUGGAGAGCGUCUCUGAGGAGGUGCGCAAGGCGUGCGUCGACGUCAUCGUGUCGAGCAUCAGCAAGAUCUGGGUCAUGGUCAUUGCGGCGGGGUGCCUGUGGACGGUCUGUUCGCUGCUGCUGACGCGAUCGCGGUUUGUGGGCUCGGCGGUCAAGGUUGAGGGCGAGAAGGAGGUGGAGAGCAGCUCUUCCCUGAUGGUUUGA